AUGAACGAUACCGUAAAACCGAAUAAUCAUAUAGGCCACUAUAUCUUUAAAUCUAUGAAGGAACACUCGGAUUUGCUUUUCCAGAUAGAUGUCGCUACUCAUCAAGAGGAAACAUACGAGUCGGUUUUAAAUCGAUCUAUUAAAUUGGCGAAGAGCUUGCGAAAAUUGGGUUUAAAACCUGGAGACACAGUUGCGUUUGGUGGUUUCAAACACCUGGACAUAAAUAUUCCAUUUUACAGCGCUCUGUUCAAUGGACAUCCGGUUAUUGGUGUUGACCCAUAUUUCAAAUAUGAUGAAAUCAAGGCGCUAUUUAAAAUUGUUGUUCCGAAAGUUGCUUUCUGCGACGAAGAAACGUACGACACAUACCUCAAAGUCACCAAAGAUCUAGAAUUGGAUACUAAAAUUGUGGCGUUUGGAAACGGAGAGAACUCUUUAAAGAAAUUUGUGGAGAGCUACGGAGAUGAUGAAACAGACAAUUUUACAGUCGCAGAAUUUGAUACGAACAGCGUGUACGUCUUUCUCAUCACCACCAGUGGCACAACCGGAAAUGUGAAAGUGGCCGCCUUCAAACAUGGAGCGGUUUACAGGAAGAUGGUGGAAUACACAAGUAUUAAAGGAUUUAAUUUCAAGACUACAACGAUACUGAACUUGCCACCUGUCAACUGGGUAUCCAGUUCUUUCAUCAGCUUGGCUAGCCCACUGUUGGGCCAAUGCUUAGUACAAACCUCUGUUCCGGAUGAUCUAGAUAUUAUUGUUGAAAUGAUUAAUAAGCAUAAGCCAGUUUACACUUUGGCAGCUCCAUCGUUAGCAGCGGCGUUAUUGAAGAGAAGCAACGAAGUUGACUUUACCUGUUUCCUGUAUAUUAUCCUUACUGGAUCAAAGGUUUACCCUGAAGUGUUAACGGAAUUUCAGUCAUUAAUGAGAAAGGGCGCAUUUGUGUUCGAGAGCUAUGGCCAGACUGAAACCCUUGGACCAAUACUUCAAAAUCUCCCUGACGCACCCCGAGGCAGUUGCGGCAAGUCCUACCCUACACAUGAUAUAAAGCUUAUAGAUACGGAAACAGGAAAUGAAAUAACAGAACCCAACGUACCUGGAGAGCUAUGGGUGAAGGGGCCAGCGAUGACGGAAUAUUAUAACGACCCUCAAGAAACAGCUAAAGCUUUUACAGAAGACGGUUAUUUCAAAACUGGAGACCUUCUCUAUAGAGAUGAAAAUAACAAUUACUAUUUUGUUGAACGCAUUAAGACACUCAUAAAAUGUAGGAAUUUCCACGUACUACCAACAGAACUAGAAGAUGUAAUACGCAGUCACCCGGACGUUAUUGACGUCUGCGUAAUUGGUAUCGAAGAUCCUGAAGACAGCGAGAGGCCUGUAGCGUGCGUCGUCCUACGAGAGGGCGCUGAAGUCACAGCAAAAGAGAUCAAACAGCUCGUUUCCGAUAAGUUAUCUAAGCAAAAGGAACUUCGCGGCGGCGUCGUCUUCCUACGUGAACUUCCAAGAACGUCAACAGGGAAGAUCGCAAGGAAAAAAUUAUUGCACAUAGUACUACAAUCUACGAGAGAUUAA